UUUGGCUUGGCAUGUCUGAGUGCCAUGCAUCUGGAAAUAAGAAACACAACAUGAUUGGCUAAGCUAUAGAGGCUACAAAUCACUAUGGAAUUCAGAACAUUCAGCAGUUAUGUUAUCAGUUCCACUGAUAGAUUGAUUUAAACAGCAUACUGAGGCUAUCUGGAUGGAUGACAUGUUGCAGAGCUCAGUAAAUGAAGUUAUUCAUUAAAGAGAUGGUUUCACCAUUGUUGAGGAGCUAUCUGGGGUUGAGUGCUUGCCUUUCAAUCACACAAAGUACAGGGUGAUACCCAGCCAACUGUCUUGGACAAGAUAUUUGUCUAUUGUUGAUGCUCUCUUUGUUUGUUUUAUAAGGAGACAUAAUUGUGAUAUGACCAAUAUAUUGUAGAAAGUGACAUUGAACCACAAACAAUUGACCAAGAUUUGAGAUAUUUUGUUCAUUUGUAUUCAUGCAUGAUGUUAUUCUAAAGAUUAAAUUUGUUUUCUUGUUAUGUUACAGAAUUUGUUAGAUCUUAAGGUGUAAACAGUAUGAAGUUUAUAUGAAUACUAAGAAUCGCCAAGCUGAGGAACACCUGAUCUUAGAGGGUAUUGUCAGUUUACCACAAUGAACAAUAAUGUGAUCCACAUAGUCCCUGAAGAAGCCAUUUUGCUGGAUGUGAGGAGUAAAUUCCCCUGUACUGUGGAGGGCUGUGACAAAACCCUGUCUAACUAUGGAGCUCUCAGAAUGCAUCUGGUCAAGACGCACAAACAUUACCAGAAUGAGGAAGACCGUGCCCUGGGGUUGAAGUUGAAGAGAGUGGACAAGACAACAUACCUAUACCACUGCCCUGUGAAAUCCUGUCCUAAACACAAGUACAAUGGGCAGGCCAACUCCUACUUCACAUCCAUGAAGCUGCUCAAACAGCACUAUGGCAAGCUCCAUGCCGAGAAGAAGUUCAGGUGUGAGAAAUGUGGGCGUGGGUUUGGUCUGGAGAGAGACAAACGCCGCCAUGAGGAAACCUGUGGCUUCUUACUGCAGUGCAAUACCUGUCAAUGUCCCUAUUCCACUGUGGAGGCCAUGCUGACACACUGCAGGCGGAAGAACCAUGACCCACCUGAGGAAUGUGUUAGCAAAAAGAAGAUUAAGGAAAGGGAGGGGAAAGCAAAGAAGAAUCUGUCAGUGGAUCAAGACAGGACCAAAGCAACACCAAGUAUUAUCUUCAUCAACAUGCUGCCUACUCAGAGUGAUGUCCCAGGUAACACCACCCCAGGGGCAAGCACCUUUAGACACAUCCUCCCCAAACCCAGUCUCCAGAAAACCGUGCCUUACACGACUGUUACCAUGGCCAAUGGUCAGUUUCUGGUCACCCAGGAGAACCUGGAACCCAGACAGAAUGUGGACACACAGACAGACAGACGCCUCACAGAACAAGGCACCAGCAUAGCCACUGAUCUCUUUUGCGCAGCAGCUGUGAGACACGCAAAGGAUGCAGAGGCUAUGAUUUCACCUGGGAGAAGAGAUGCUGAGGUUUCAGUGAGCCCUAGGAACAGAGAAAUAGGCACAAGUAUGACAGAUUUAUGUGCAGUGGAUUAUAUAAAGAACCAUCAAUCUAUAGAUGGGUGUCGACAAAUUUCAGAUCUAUCUAAUAAUAACGUGUCAGGUAUAAAUAACCGACCCAAUCAGCAAGAUAACUAUAAUGUGCAAUACAACCCUAUCAGUAGUUCAUUUAUAGACUCAGGGCAUAAUAACAGCCAGUCUCCAUUUGGCAUGAGCCCAGGAGAUUCUGUGUGUUCUACUAAAGGUAUGCAGACAUUAAUGAGCUUACCUCUCAGAUCUGAGUUAUCUAUAGCUGUGGCAGAAACACAGACCCCAGGGGAUUAUAUUCUCAAACAGGCUAUGGCCAGCGCUCACAUUUCUCUAGCUAAAGAGUCUAAAGGCUCACAGGUGUCACCUAGAGCAAAGAUCAGAGGCCAUGCAGGUGGUAUAGCUGUUAACUCACAGAGCUGUCAGACGUCACGGUUGAGUGAACAUCACAAGUCCCCCAAGAGGAAGAGACAUAGGAAGUGUGCCAGUGGGGACUGCGCAGUUAAUAACAGGAACAAAAGUUUGUCAUGGAAGGGUGACAGAGUUAGUAACAGAUCUCAGGCCAGUUCUAACUACCUGGCCAGUCUCUCAGCAGGUGAAUCUGUGGGGUCAUCUAGUCAAGGGUUGUUAACAGGUGUGUUGAGUCAUGCAGGUAACAGUUGUCUCGUUAGAGGAGCAGGUAACAACGUAGGUGUACGUACACGUCAUUUAUCUUCCACAGCCAGCACAACCACCACCAUGUUGAUUGACGGUCCUCAUAAUGAGGAUAUACCUGGUAGUUUAGCAGAGUUUGACGACCUAACUGACCACCAGACACAGACUAUAGACAUCUUUGAGAAUCUAAAUGCCGCAGCAGCCAGCAUUUCUACACAGACUCCACAAAGUUACCUGGCUCAGCCUAACGAGAUAGGGACACAGCCAGAGGGGGCUAACUUACAGCACAGUCACACACAGACAUUUGUCUCUGCCUUCACUGCCCAUGCUGAACAGGUCAGAUCCUUUGAGGGAGCUUUGGAGAACCCUGUCUUGUCUGCACAGCUGAAGACUUUUGAGGGAGCAGGGAAAACCUUAGGGUAUGCUAGUCAGACAAGGCUACCAGGUCGGUCGACUCUGAACCCCGUCUUAGCUGGACAGACGAGUGAUGACGACGAGUCCGUACCUGACACCUUCGAGACAAGUUGUGGUACAGGUGCUGCUCUGUCAGAUUUCUCUGAAGUUGACGUUCAGCCCAGAAUAACCUUCACAAAUUCUGAUGUCCAAACAUCUGCCACAGACCUGCUAAAUCUGCUGGACAUGGGGGUUCAGGCAGACAGUGGGCCAGGGACAACCAUCCAGACCCAGACUGAUGUGGAUGAGAUGGGGGAGCUCUUCUGUCACAACAUGGAGACUCAAACAGCCAGCGACCUCUUUCUCCAAGACCUGGAAUUCUCUGACAUCCAGAUUCAGACUAACCUUGACCUGGAGUGUUUAGAGGACAGCUCCAGUACAGUGGAAACCCAGACCAUGUGGCACUCUGCAGCUGCGGGAAGUGCCAGGGAACUGUCAGAUAUGCAGACGCAGACACUGUUUCCUACCAACCCUAACUUUGACCCUGAUCUCACAGAUUCUCACACCCAGACCCCGUGGGAGGAUAUCACCUCACUUAUCCUGCAGGAUCUAUAAGCUUAGUGCUCUUUGGGUUGUGACAGAGACCCUAUGGGAGUAUAUCACAUUGCUUAUUCUGCAGAAUUGGUGUCCAUACAUUUGAUAACUCGCUGGCUUGUGACAGACCCUUUGGAAUCACAUGUACGACUUUGCUUAUCCUGCAGGAUCUGUGAAAAUGUAACCUGUAGCUCAUUGAUUUGUGAUAGACACUUGUGCAAUUGAUUUAGCACAUGACUGUGUUAUGUUUGAGAUCUGAAGCCAUUUUCAUAAGUUGCUUAUAACUGCCUGUUGGCACUGUAGAGCAUGGAAUGCCAAGAUUUAAGAGUGAAGCUGAAACUACAUAAUUUUUUAAGAUUUAAUGCUAUGUAAAAUUUAUUGUGGCAUUAUAUAAAUUUGUUAACAUAUACCAGCAUUAUUUACUUCAUUAACUGUAUUUAUAGUCAUAAUUUCUUCACCUGGUCCUGGAAUGGUGUGAUAGUUACACUGCAUAAUUUAGUCAUCUUUGCGAUGUUCAAUGCUUUUUUUGCGUUGUCUACUUGAGAAAGGGUCAUUACAAGGUGUCAGAAGGCAAGGUAUUAUUCACAGAGGAGGAUUUAAAUAGGCAUAAACUGCACUCAGACACCUUGAAAAAAAAAUUAGCGAAAAUAAACUUAAAUAGUGGUUAGGUAGACGACGACUAUCCCAAGCUAAAUGUUCAUCUGGGUUGAUUGGAAAUUAUAAUUUAUCACACUUACAUAGCUUUGACAUUUAACACUAGUGUACCGUGAUAUACCAGUAACUUCAAUCAUUUUAUGUUAAAUGACAUCAAUACUUGUUGACCAAUAUUUAUUUGAUUGGUGUUUUACGCUGUACUCAAAAGUAUUUCACCUUUUGUAUGUGGUCAAAUGAGAUCAAUAUUUAUUGAUCACAGAAACGGUACACAAACUUUGGGACAUAAUUUUAACUUUUGUUUAAACUCAGAUCAAAGGUAAAGCUAUAUCGACAUCAGAUUAAUUUUCAAAACUAGACUGAUCAACACAGUAGACUCUCCGUAGACACAAAAGUUCCGCAGUAAUAACAUAUCUAGUACACAGUUUGUUUCUUUGGGGUCAUUUUUUCAGAAAAUGUGUUUUGUAGAUCUGGGAGUUUUAGGGCAGUUUAAGUGGUUACCAGAAGAAAAAUAAACCCCUCAAAUGUUGCGUGAAGGGAUCGUCAUGUUGAUAACUUCCCAACGGAAUCCUACAGGAUCUCAUAAUCUGUGAUUCUAUGAUGUAAUAGAGCCAAAGUUAUUUACAAACUUGUUAUACUUGUAUUGUUAACUUAUAUCGGCUUUUAUUUGUUAUAAGCCACGUCUGUUAAUUAUUGGAGAUGUAACACAAAACCUGAUGUGUGAAUUCUUUCCUAAACUAUGUGACCAGUUACUAAACCUGUUUCAACGCCACCAUAUCUUGUUUCUGUUUUUUCAAACUCAAGAUAUCAGUUUGAAAUUAUUAAGUCAUCCUUUCUCAUCUUCAUUCUCAGAUAUUAGUACAGAUGAUUUUAUAUUCUCUUAUUUAUUCAUUUUUGUCUGUUUGGGCUCGAAAAUAUCAUUUGGUUUAUUCUCAGUCAUUUUGUGAAAAGAAACAUGAAAUUUUUAAAUCAUAAUUCUAAAUUUAAUUUUUAUGUUCUCUGUUAUAUGCAUAUAUUUAGAACAUCUGAUACAUACCUGAUAUUAACAUUUACAUAUGUGCUGUGUGCAGCGAUGUACGUGUAUUCAUAUAAAUUUCCAAUUCACAAUUUUCUUUUCCAUAAAAGUAUUGUUCAAUUAUUUGCAUGUGUGCAUAAUUUUUCAAGUGUUCGUUCU